AUGCUUCUAAAGUCCAUAAAAGAAUUAGUACCGAAUGAUGCUCUUAGAAAUAUUAUUAUAACCAGCAAAUUUGGAAUAUCUGCAGUGCCUCCAAUAAAUAAUUCACUACUACCUAUGAUGUGUUGGAACCGAAAUCCUGUAGCUAGAUUUCCAAAAAAGGCAAAUCACGGGGCACUUCCUAAAUCUCACGCACUAAGAAGGAUAAGAAAAAGACUGAGAACAGGUCGUUGA